GAUGCAUAUUACAGUACAUGUAAACCUCGUGUCGAGUAAUGGAAAAAAUAUAUCAUGUUUUAUGGCACAAGAAAGCUGGGCCCUCAAUUUAAUAAAGAGGAAAACAUUUGCGAAGCCCCGGACAACCUGGCUAAGCAGACUGAAUAAGUAAUAGUUGCUGGUUUUAUCCCAGAAUUACUCCCCCCCAACCCCCUUGUAAGGCAGCUAAAUUCCUAGCCAGUGAUGCCAGAAAAAUUCCGGAGCAUGUAGCAGUAGAGAUGUAUUCCCACGUUGGCCGCCAAAUGUUUGGCCAGUCCGCAGAUGCGGACCCCGCGUAUUAUUGGCGAAUGCCCGCGGACCCCGGGGCAGAUGCCAAGUCUAUUGUCCAGUUGCAGAAACGGGCCUUUUUGCAUUCUGCCCCUUUUGCGCCGUAUUUCGAAGACCCGUCCCAGCAGAUGGCUGCCCAGCACAUGAUGGCGGAUCCUUUGCAGCCGUAUGCCAUGGGUUUUGACAAAGAAACCUACUACAGGGUGGUGGUAAUGCCGUCGACCUUCAUGAUGAUCGUUAUUGCACUGCUCUGCUGCACCAUGUUCACGCGGUUCAAGCAGGGGAAACCCAUCACUCCGUGGAGCAGUUGUCCAGAGUACACUGACGCAGGAGGAGAGAGUGAGAGACUUUGA